AUGGCAAACGCCGGUCCCGACACUAAUGGAUCACAGUUCUUCAUUUGCACUGUGAAGACCCCAUGGUUGGAUGGACGUCACGUCGUCUUUGGAAAAGUUCUGGAAGGCAUGAGCGUCGUUCGCCAAAUCGAAAACUCUCCAACUAACCCUGGAGACCGUCCAAAGGAAGACGCAGUCAUCUCUGAUUGUGGUGAACUAACGCUUGCUGCACCAUUCGAGACUGAGAAAGCCCCCGUCAGUGAAUAG